AUGGACGCGUCUGAGCCGUCCCCCAUCGCUCUGACGCACUCCGAUCUUCCUGAUCUCAAGUUGCUCUCGCGUGGCAAGGUUCGCGAUAUAUAUGAGACUUCCUCGCCUGAUCACUUGCUCUUCGUCGCGUCGGACCGCAUUUCUGCCUAUGAUGUUAUCCUACAAAACGGUAUCCCUGACAAGGGCAAACUGCUCACGGAGAUCUCGGCGUUCUGGUUCUACAAGCUGCGAGAGAUCCUUCCCAACCACGUCGUCGCUGUGGACAUCGAUAUGAUGCCGGAAGUCUACAAGUACAAGGACCAACUUGAGGGUCGUACUAUGCUCGUACAAAAAGCCAAGGUUGUGCCGCUCGAGGCGAUCGUACGCGGUUACCUGACUGGGUCGGCUUGGUCCGAAUACAAGAAGUCUGGGACUGUGCAUGGUAUCAAGGUUGCGGAAGGCCUGGUCGAGUCUUCACAGUUUCCCGAACCCAUCUUCACGCCGUCUACCAAGGCCGAACAGGGCGCUCAUGAUGAGAACAUCUCGCCCGAACGCGCGGCGGAGAUUGUCGGGCAGGAUAUUUAUGACCAGAUCUCUGCGGUCGCUGUCAGACUGUACAAAGCAGCCGCAGAAUACGCGCUCUCUCGCGGCCUCAUCCUAGCGGACACGAAGUUCGAAUUCGGUCUCAUUCCUUCACAAGACGGCGGGAAAGAUCAACUCAUUCUUGUUGAUGAGGCACUAACGCCUGACUCAUCGCGCUACUGGCCACUUGAUGGCUAUGCACCCGGUGGUCCGCAGCCUAGCUUUGACAAGCAGUACCUUCGUGACUGGCUCACGAAGGAAGGGUUCAAGAAGGGACUCGAGGCAGGAAAGGACGGGAAGGGAUGGACAAUGACCGAAGAGGUUGUACAGGGAACGAGGGGGAGAUACGUUGAGGCGCGGGACCGCUUGCUUGGCAUGCGAUGA